AUGGCCGCGCUGGCGCCGCUCCCCGCAGCCCGGGGCAGGUGCAGAGCUGCCCCGCCGGCUCCAAGAUGCGCGCACGCCCACGCAGCCGGACAGGGGCCGCCACAGCGCCCGCACCCCGCUGUGGGCAGGAGCCGCCGGGCGGGACAGGGCCGGCAUCCCGCGCCGGGCACCCGCCCCGCGGGCCCGCCGCCUCCUCGAUACCGGCGCCGCGGCGGGGGCACGGCCGGACCCCCCCCCCCCCGCUCCCGGCCGCGACCACUCCGCACCUCGUGCGGGUCCGCGCCGCCUCCUCAGCAAGCAGGGCGGCUCCGGCGGGGGCGGCAGUGCAGCGCAGGGCGGAAAGCCCAGCAGCCGGCCGCUCCUCCCGCGGCCACCAUCUUCCACCUUCUGCUCCUCCUGCCGCCGCCAGCACCGCCCGGGCCGGCCCCUCCCGCCGCACCACCCUCACGCGUCAGCGCGCCCGCUCGCUCCCUCCCGCCCUCCCUCCGGGCGGGAGAGGGGCCCGACGGGGGUGGGCGGUGCCGCCCCGGUGCUCCGGCGGGGCCGGGGUUGGCGCCGCUCCUCAGCUCCCGGGGGCUCCCGGUGCUGCGGAGCGUGGCCGUGCGGGCGGCGCAAACCUGGCCCCUCGGCCGUCAUACUCUCCAGCCCGGCUCCCAGUGCCUGAGCAGCUCGGAGCGAGACCCUGCAGGGCACCGGCCUGUCCGUCUCACCUCCCCUGGGCACGGACUCCCCAGCCUCUGCGGCCCGGGAGGGAGGAGACUCCCACCGCCGAGGAGGUGUGAGAGCUGCAUUUUUAAAUGCCCAUUGCCAAAAUGCCACCAUAUUCUCCAAAUGAAGACCUCAAAAAUGAGAGUAUGAAAAAAAAAUUUGAAAAGAAUGAAAAAGUGAAGGAAACGACUGUGGUGGGAAUUACUCAGACUUUCAUCACUGCUGUCCACAGAUGAUGCCAUUGCACUCACAAGAGGAAAUUUGCUGCUUAAGUGCUGUUGAAGGUAGAAUAUACACCUUCUUCAAAGGAAAAAAGAAGAAGAAGAAGAAAAAAAAAAAAAAGGUCAUGCUCUGAAAAUCACCUGCUGCUGCUGCUGAACUGCUCAAAUAUCACCUGCUGCUGCUGCUGAACUGUUCAAAUUCAUUUUCCAUCCCACCAGAUUUCCCUCACACACACAAAAUCUGCUCUCUGCACACACUGUACUUGAAGGGGCUCCAUGUCACUUUGGCAAAUCGACUGUUACCUAGUCAGGAACCUGCACCCAGCUAGUAAAGCAAACAUUUUCUGCAGGCAGUCUUCUGUCUACGUUUCAUUCAUUUUUUGUUGUUUAUACAUUUAAAGUAUGAGGAGGCUCAUUAACAGCAUCUUGUGUCUCUUGGAGAAAUUAUAAGGAUAAGCAGAGCUUACACCACAAGAUAUUUAAGCCAAAUACAAUUUCCCACACACUAUUUCUGAUUAUGCUCUUGAAGAUUUUCCAAAGGCUUAAAACAUAUUAGCUUAAAAAUCUUUUAUUGAAUGGUACGUCCUACAAUAAUCAGAACUCUUUGUUUGGAAAUAUCAUGUGAAGAGUCAUCCACAAAUCAGAAGGAAACUC